CCCCGCGUGUACUUUCAGAGCCCUCCGGGGGCCGCGGGUGAGGGCUCGGGCGACGCGGACGACGAGGGCCCAGUGAGACGCCAAGGGAAGGUCACCGUCAAGUACGACCGCAAGGAGCUGCGGAAGCGUCUCAACCUGGAGGAGUGGAUCCUAGAACAACUCACGCGCCUCUACGACUGCCAGGAAGAGGAGAUCCCAGAGCUGGAGAUUGAUGUGGAUGAGCUCCUGGACAUGGAAAGUGAUGAUACCCGGGCUGCCAGGGUCAAAGAGCUGCUGGUUGACUGUUACAAACCCACAGAGGCCUUCAUCUCUGGCCUGCUAGACAAGAUCCGGGGCAUGCAGAAGCUGAGCACACCCCAGAAGAAGUGAGGAUCCCUGGCCCAGGUGAACAGUGGCUCCCACAGGACAAUCGCUGCCCCUUGACCUCGUAGCAACAGCAAUAACGGGGAACCCUGCAGCCAGGCCUGGUGCCAUGAACAGGGCUCCCCGUACCCCUGGCCUAGGGGUCUUUUCCCUUGCCCACUCAGUUUUCCAUUUUUGGGGUUUUUUAUUGUUAUUAAACUGAUGGGACUUUU